AGAAGAACUUCUGGUCCAUCCUUCCUGGGGUCCUCCUCCUCCUCCAGCCUUUGGAAAGAAAGAAAGAAAGAAGGGAUCCUGGGCGAAGGAAGGAAGGCUGGCCCAGGAGAAUCCAGCAAUAGUGGAAAAUCUGGAUGGAAAGAUGGGAGGGCAAAUCUCUGUUGAGCCUAACCUAGGAAAAGGCCCUCCACUGGUGCAGGCUCAGCCUAAUGGAGCCUUUGGGGAAGAAACCACACAGAAAAGCCUGGAGGAGGAUGUGUUUAGUUCGGAUUUACAGCGCCAACGUUUCAGGCAGUUCAACUACAAGGAGACUUUAGGGCCCCGAGAGGCCUGCAGCCAGCUCCACUCUCUCUGCCGCCUGUGGCUGAAGCCAGAGCAGCACACCAAGGCGGAGAUGCUGGACCUGGUGGUGCUGGAGCAGUUCCUAGCUGUCCUUCCUGCGGAGAUGGAGCGCUGGCUGAGGGAGUGCGGAGCGGAGAGCAGCACCCAGGCCGUGGCCCUGGCAGAAGGAUUCCUCCUCAGCCGUGUAGAGGAAGGCAGGCAGAGCAAGGAGCAGCGGGAUUUGUUUACAGAAGAGAAGACCAAGGCGAUUCAGUGUUCAUCUGGGACUAGUUGGGUCCUGCCAGACUGGGACAGAGUCUCUACUUCAUUGGGAGAAGGGACAAGGAUGCAACCCACAUUUACAAAUCCAUCUCUUGAUUAUGAUUCAGCUUCAGUGGAGCUGAAUCAGGUAGCCUUUGAGGACAUACCUGUGGAUUUCACAGAGGAGGAGUGGGCUCUGCUGGACGCGGGCCAAAGGGCCCUUCACGGGGAAGUCAUGGAAGAGACUUUCAAGCUUCUGUUUUCUCUGGGUGCUGAUGGGCAACUGGAGGAGAAGGAAGAGGGACCAAGCAGGAGCCUGUUCAAAAGAGGCAAAUGGAAAGAAAUUGGACCAAAAGGAAUAAUACUUGAUGCUGAUGGGAAAGGGAAGAAGGAAGCAUCAGCUUCUGAGAGUGGGGUGGUCCCUGGAAUCACAAUCCCAGAAAUAGCCCAGAGAGAAAUGGAAGUAAAUAUAUCUGUUUGUAGGAGGAACUUCAGUUGUAGACCAAAUUUUGAUUCUCAUAUGAGUAUUCACACAGAAGGAGUGUAUUCUAAAAUCAACGAGUGGGAAAAGAUCAGCAGAGUUAGCAAAGACCAGUUUUCCCAUCCAGCAAAUCAGAAAAGCCACAAGCCAUUUAAAUGUUCAGAUUGUGGAAAGAGCUUCACUGGAAAAAGGCAGCUGACUUGUCAUCAAGCAACUCACACAGGAGAGACACCUUUUCAGUGCUCGGAGUGUGGAAAGGCCUUCUCUCAAAAACUUCGCCUCACUUUUCAUCAAAGAAUUCACUCUGUAGAUACACAGUUGAAAUGCCUGGAGUGUGGAAAGAGCUUCAGUCAGAAAACAGACCUCAUUCGCCACCAAAGAGUUCACACAGGAGAGAAGCCAUUUACUUGCAUGGAGUGCGGGAGAAGCUUCAGUCAAAAGACAGACCUCUCCAGUCAUCAAAGACUCCACACUGGUGAGAAACCAUUUCAGUGUUUGGAGUGCGGAAGGAACUUUACUCGGAAGACAAACCUAACGCGCCAUCAAAGAGUUCACACAGAAGAAAAGCCCUUUCAGUGUUUGGAGUGCGGAAGGAGCUUCAGGCAGAAGAUCAAUCUCACCAAUCAUCAAAGAGUUCACUCGGGAGAGAAAACCUUUACCUGCUUAGAGUGCGGAAAGAGCUUUCGUCGGAAGUCACAUCUGAUUUGCCACCAAGGAACUCAUACAACAAAGUAGCCGCUCAAAUCACAACAGAGCUGAGGUGUUUCUAUCACCAGAUUUUGGGUUGCUUUGGUGCCCCUGAGUUCUGCUGAUCAUUGUCAAGGCAGCCAUUUUGGGAGACUGGAUAAUGGAGACUGGAAGAGACAUUACACCUGCCAUUUGGGGCAAAUGGAAUGUCAUUCCAGUCUGCAUUGGAGACACUGGGAAGGGAGGGCUAUUGCAGUUCUUGGUGAUAGAGCACUUGAUACAGCAUUUUACAGUCCUAUUUUGGCAGUAGAACAGCAAGGCAGAAUAACUCUUAGAGGUUACUUAGUGUCCCAUUGGUUCAUUGGUCCUACUAAGAAUCGGAUGUGUCCUGAGGAUCACACGGUUGUCUUUACAACUAGUCAGGAGACAUAUGAACAUACUAAUGUGCACUUGCUGUAUAGAUCUUCACAUCGAGAUUCAUACCAUACUGUUGGUUCAUUUUCUGUUUCUUUUCCUUCUAUAUAUAUAUCUCCUUAAAGAGGGGUAUAAAUAAAUAUAAUAAUAUUGAACCUGGAUAUUUUGCUCUAAUGUUGAUGUCAUUAAAAGUUGAAAUAUAUUUUUGUAAA